UACUAGAGGAUGCGUUGCGAUUCGUUCGUAUGUUUUGAACUUUUAAAAAUAUAAAAUUUAGAAAGUAAUUCGGUGUUAUUAAGCAAAAUGACGAGCACGCCGUCUUAUAACAAUGAUAAGGUGGUCCAAGGGGAAGUGGAGUACCCGGUCACUGACCCAGCUUCAGGAGCUUUCUUCCAACCAGAUUAUAAGAAAAAUGAUGAUCUGAAACUCAUGCUGGAUGGAUCUAAGGACUCUUUAAAGCUUGAAGCUAUGAAAAGAAUUAUUGGAAUGAUAGCAAAAGGGAGAAAUGCCUCUGAUUUGUUUCCAGCUGUGGUGAAGAAUGUGGUAUCAAAAAACAUAGAGGUGAAGAAGCUAGUGUAUGUGUACCUUGUACGUUAUGCUGAGGAGCAACAGGACCUUGCUCUUUUGUCUAUUAGCACAUUUCAACGAGCACUCAAGGAUCCGAACCAGCUAAUACGCGCGGGCGCGUUGCGCGUGCUGUCUUCAAUCCGCGUGCCAAUGAUCGUGCCCAUCGUGAUGCUGGCCAUCCGCGACUCGGCCAGCGACAUGAGCCCCUACGUGCGCAAGACCGCCGCGCACGCCAUACCCAAACUGUACAGUCUAGACCCAGAUCAAAAAGAAGAGCUGGUAGCGGUAAUAGACAAGUUGUUGUCUGAUAAGGCGCCGCUGGUCGUCGGCUCGGCUGCAAUGGCGUUCAACGAAGUUUGCGGCGACCGGAUGAGCCUCAUACAUAGGAGUUACAGGAAGCUGUGCGCCCUCUUGGCCGAUGUGGACGAGUGGGGUCAGCUGACGCUACUCAACGUGCUCACAGUGUACGCCAAGACGUUCUUUCCGGAUCCCAACACUGACACCUACUCGAGCGGCAGCGAAAAGCCGUUCUACGAGUCGGACAGCGACGGCAGCUCGCGGCGCUCGCCCAGCGUGGAGCCCGACCUGCGCCUGUUGCUGCGCGCCGCCAAGCCGCUGCUGCAGAGCAGGAACGCGGGCGUCGUCAUGGCCGUGGCGCAGCUGCACUUCCACUGCGGGCCCGCCCAAGAACUGCCUCCGGUAGCUAAAGCUUUGGUCCGUCUGUUAAGAGCACCAAUCGAGGUCCAGAGCGUUGUGCUAAACUCCAUAGCGUCCAUAACUGUGUCAAGACGGUCACUCUUCGAGCCGUUCCUUAAAUCAUUCUUCGUGAGAAACUCUGACCCGACUCAUAUAAAGCUCCUUAAACUCGAGAUUCUCACAAACCUGGCCACUGAAGCCAGUGCGGCAGUAGUGCUGAGAGAAUACCAGACUUAUGUGACAUCGAGCGACAAAGCUUUCGUGGCAGCCACCAUACAAGCCAUCGGCAGACUCGCAGUGGCCAUCCAUACAGAAACCGAGACCUGCCUCAACGGACUACUGCAUCUGCUGUCCAGCAAAGACGAAUGGGUGGUGUGCGAAGCGGUGGUGGUGGUGAAACGCGUGGUGGGUGGUGGAGCCAGUUCCGCGCAGGCCGCAGUGUCGCGCGCCGCCAAGUUGCUGCGGACCGACAGGUUAGCGGGUAACGCACGCGCGGCGGCCGUGUGGCUGGUGGCUGAACAUGGCGCCAAACAUCCGCGAGCGGCCGCCAUAUUGGCUCACAUGGCAGCUAACUUUGCUGAGCAGGACGAACUGGUGAAACUUCAGCUCCUGUCCCUCGCAGUGAAGCUGUCAAUAACGCAGCCGGACACUGUCCCGCUUUGCAAGUACGUGCUCUCGCUGGCACGCUACGACGCCAGCUACGACGUGCGCGACCGGGCACGCAUGCUCCGCAGGUUCAUCGACCCGGAGCAGGGUGGCUUGCUGACUCAGUACGCCGCGCACAUAUUCUGCCCGGACAAACCGAAACCUUCCAUACAGAGUAACUUUAAAGACCGCGAGCAGUACACCGUGGGCUCGCUGUCGCAGUACAUCGGCACGGCCGCGGCGGGUUACCGCGCCCUGCCGCCAGCGCCAAGAGCCGUGGUCGGCGGCUCCCUGCGCGAGGCCGCCACCGCGGCGCUCAACACACAAGCCGCCGACGACACGCAGAAAAAUAAGACCUUCUACUCGGAGCCAGACAGCGACGGCUCUGCGUCCACAUCCUCGGGCUCAUCGUCCGCUUCGAGCACUUCCGACGAGUCUUCAGAUGAGGAAGAAGAAACAAAUACCAACCAGCAGCGAAAGAAAGAGGAAAAAAUAAAAGAAACCAACAAUUACAAGUCAUCAAAUUCGGGGACAUCGGACACUGAGUCCGAUAGUGAAGCGUCCUCCGGCUCAGACGAUGAGUCGGAGAGUUCGGAGAGUAGUGAAGAGAAGAAGGACAUUAAGAAAGAGGCUCAAAAGGAACGCCCCAAAUCAGAAGUAAAAGAAAACAAGAAUGAGAAGUCCAAUUUGGAACUACUAUUGGAACUGGACGAAGUUGCCAGUUCUUUGCCCACUAUGACGCCCACGUGUGGGGGAUUCCUGUCUCCGCCCACUGCAUUUCCGCCGGGAGUUGGAGAUGGCGACGCUAUCACCCCCGUGGGCCCCGCGCUGGUGCCCGCCGCCCAGCAGGAGAUGAUCCCGCGGGUGAUGUCUCGCGGGCUGGGCGCCACGCGGCGUUGGAGCCGCGCGCCGCAUCUGUACUCACACAAGAUGUGCGCCGUGGAGCUGUGCUUCACCAACCACACGCCCGACCCCGUCGAGAACAUCCGCGUCAACAAGAAGACAUUAACCGGAGCUCGCUCCAUCCACGAGUUCGCGCCAAUCCCACGGCUGGGCCCCGGCGCCAGCGCGAGUGGGACGCUGGGAGUGGACUUUGCGGAUUCAAUCCAACCUAUCGAGUUUACCGUCAUCAGCUCACUAGGUGAAGUGUCGGUCUCGAUCACCCCGCCGGUGGGCGAGCUAAUGCGCUCAGUCACAAUGUCGGAGAGCAAGUGGGACGCGGAGCAGAAAAGGUUACGCGGAAUGACUGAGUGCAACAAACAAGCAGCGAAACUAGAAGACGAGUCUGCUAUAUGCAAGAGAGUUUUUGAGACCGCCAAUGUCGCCUGCAUCACUUCCACUGGGAACUUGCUUAGGUUCGCGGGCAGAAUGACGUCAUCGCAGGACCUAGUGCUAUUGUCUGUGAAGGUCGACGAAGACUCUACCACCGUCACCGCCAACUGUCCCAACAUGGCCAUCGCUUCGCUUCUAGCCAACCAAGUCGCGCAGGCUUUCGCUAGAGAAUAGAUCGACACAUUGGAAAUGCGCCAUUCGUCACAGCUUCCAAAAAAAGCCUAUUAAAACACUGUUUUGGUGAAUAUACAAUGUGUAACCCAAUUGAGAAAUAAUGUUGAAGGAUGCAGAAGUAUAUUUAAUUAAGAAUCACCCUGUAAUAAUAUUAAAUAAAAAGGAGCAUAUUUAUUUUUCAAU